CUUGUAGGAUUUUCGUUAUGUCAGUUUGUGAUAAAAUAAUUGUCAAAAGUUGAAUCUUCCACCUAAAAUAAAUGGAUUAAUUCGAAAAUAUGAGCAAUUUAAAGUGUUAAAAUAAUUAAAAUACAGUAGUGACUAAAUUUUUAUGUUUAUAUAACCUGAACAACACAUUUUGCGUAGGCUGGGCAAUGACAUUGAAUAGGAAAACGAUAUUUUUCCAAAAGAAACUUAUGAAUGUGGAGUGCAAUUACAAAAAUUUUUGUGAAAAAUUCUUGUGCUAACAAAAAUUUACCGGAUAAAACGAAAUUUUCGGACGAAAUGGAUUACGGUGACCAUAGGAAGGACAUGGAUGAGAUGUUCACAACCAGACAGGGCAAACAGAGAGCGGCGGUUAAGUGGCUGUUAUCCAAAGCGUUCAACAACAAAGUUCCAGAAAAUUUGAAAGAGCCCUUUUACAGAAAUCAUGAGGAUAAAGAAUGUCUCAAGCCCCAGAUCAUGGGAGGCCUGGCCAACGCUGAACUCUACUGCAUGGCUCUCGGGAACAUCUUCUCCGACCCCAACUACCAUAACCUCAACCAUGGUGCCAUUCUUCAGACGUUGUCGAGGAAGGGCGUUUUCAUCAACGAAUCGGAUUCGCAACUGACGGAAACGAUUCUGAUACAAACGAAUCCUCUGCGAAUGAAUGCACACAUGGCGGUUAUAGAGUCCGUUAUGACACUUUACGCGAAAGAGGUGGUCACCCCGGACAGGGUCCUUGGGGCAGUUCAACGUUUCUGUCACGAGAGGAACACACCUUCAGCCACUCCCGAAAACUACGAGCAGGGUCUUGUCAUGUGGAUUUCGCACGCGUGCGAAGCGCUCAAACGGAAGAUCGAGCAGGACCUUGGCUCUGGUGCCACCAACGGAGGAGACAUCCAAGAAGAACCUCCGGAAGCACAAGCAGGCACCUCUAUAUUUUCGAGGAUUAUUCCUAAGUCCCUUUCUUUUCUUUCGUUUUUCGACAAGGGUGACAGAUUGAGACCGCCGAAUUUUCCGCCAAUCAGAGAACUGAAAGACUUAUGCGACGGCGUCGGAUUGGCCGCCCUAGUGUCCUAUUACUGUCCAGACGAGCUGCCCUGGUCGGAGCUCAAAGUGUCCUACGUGCCCACGGUCCAUGAGAGCCUGCACAACGUCAACCUCCUGCAGAAUUUCUGCAACAGGUGUCUACCUUGUCCUAUAUUUCACCUUAGUCCAGAAGAUAUCACAUACAUGAGAGAUUCGAUGAAGCUCAACGUUACAGUUUUUCUUGCCGACUUGUUCAACACGCUCGAGAUUCAGACCCUCUACUGCGUCAAAUAUCCCGGUAGUAACGAGAAUUUCCCUCCACGUAACAUGCACGGAGUCGUGCAUAAGCGCAACUUACUGCAGACGGUGAUGGUUCCCAUCCCGGACUUGCGCAGUGGCCUUGACGAUGCAGAUAGUUCGGCGUUCCAAGUAUCGAGAUCUGCACCUACUCAUGUGCCUCUAAGGAAAACAAAUUCUGUACAGUCUGUCCAGCAUAGUAUUAGUCAAAUGAGCGAAGAUAGUCUCAGAAGGGGUUCUGAAGAUUCCUUCGUGGUGCACAGAGGAAAGAAUAUACCCACGUUGAGUAGGAUUGUCAUGGACGAACCUCUUAUGCCUGCCAGGCUGAGGGAGAAUAAAGAAAGACAAAAUAACGACACCAAAGCGGACGAAAGAGGGGAAUAUUCUAACAGACCUAGCACUGCACCAGCUGGUAAACCAAGUAAUUGGCAGGAUUCUAGAACAAACACUUUUUCUGGUAGAAGAUCUAGAAGAAAUUCCACUAGUGAUGAUUCUCAAUUAACAAUUGAAAAUUUUGGAGGUAGUCAAGAUAACUUAAAUUUUAUAGGAAGAAAUCCAGACAAAGAAGUAGCAGUGCAUGUAGGUAGGAAAAUAUCAACGCCAACUUUUCCGGUGGAAGGUCCGGUAGUAGCCUUAAGGUCUUCAAUCCAGGACGCAAAAGGCUCUAUUCAAUUCGGAUAUGACGACGAAGAAAAAAAGGACAAUGGUACUGAAAAAUUUGUGCUUCGUAGGCAGCUUAGUAGUGACGACAUCGCUUUAAGAAAAAUGAUGAACUCUAGUAAUAGUGAUAAAGAAAAUAUAAUCAGAGAUUUAGUCGAUGGAGAAGUUUCGAACAGGAUCAGUUCUACUGAUGCCAAUAAACAAAAUAGCGGAAUUCAAUUAGUUUAUAUGCAACAAGACAGUGAUGAGAGCCAGACAAAGAGUGAACACAAGAAACCCAGUGAGAAGAAAACUAGUUUUGCGGCGUUGCCAAGUAACCAAACUACUUGGCAACAGCAAAGUAGUAAUCAGCAGCGUUUAGAUAGUAAUGGUGGUGAAAAUGGUGUAUCGAACAAUGUUACGCCACAACUUAGUGACAUCAGGUUGAAGUUGGAGGAAAAGAGAAGACAAAUAGAAAAUGAAAAGAGACGGUUAGAACUAGCAAUGAACAAGAAUAGGCAAAAAAUUGGAAAGCAGGCUUUCUUACAAGCUGUUACUAAGGGUAAAGGUAACUUACUAAAAACUCCAGAAAAUGAUUCUAACUCUAAUUCCACUGAGGGCUCAGAAACCCAAAGCCCAAACCCAGAUCCUGUUUCAGUUAAAUCCGAGAGGCCAUUUACUUUGAAGGAUGUAACUGAUGAUGCAGCUAAAGUAGAAAGGAAGUGGAUGGAUAACGACCAGAGCUUUAUGGAAACAAAACGAACUCCAGAGUUGGAAAACAUGAACAUGGAACAAUACCAACAAUCUAUUGCUCAAAUUGAUUCUAGUCUAUAUGAUAUUCAUAACGAUAUACAAAGAUUGACCAGUCAGCAAAAUCAGAUACAGGCUGCUCAACAGCAGAACCUAAUUGCACAACAACAGAGGCAGAUUCAAGCUUUACAACAACAGCAAUAUCAGUCGCCCUUGACACCACAAUAUACAACUCAACAUUCGUUUAAUACGCCAAUUUAUCAUCCUCCUAGUCCACAAGUAUAUCCAAUUCCGCUACAACAGUCGUCAAGCGUACCCCACAUACCCCAGUCCCUGUACACAGCACAACCCCAGUUUUUCUUACACGAUCAACAGGCUGCUCAGCACCUUCCGCAUAUACCUCAGCCCGUGGCGCCUCAGAGGAGAACAUGGGCUCAGCAGUCCCAGUCGCCGCUGCCUGUCCAAAUGGACAACUAUCAUCAAUCAGAAAAUAUGAGAACGUGGGGAAGGCCUCAAAACCCUGCGGGAUUCAUGUUGCACGAUAAAUCGGAGAGGCUUCAAACCAGCCCCUAUCAGAAUGGCGACAACCGUACCGUCCACCAUUCUAAUAGCUUCACGUUGAGCCAACAGUAUUUACACCAGCAACAGAGUACCCCGUUCGGAACAUCGCACAGCACACCCUCUGCGUCGCCUCAGCACAGGAUCCACAAACAGAUAUCGCAGCUGAUGGACGACGUCAAGAGGUCCCCCGUCAGCCUCCAACAGAUGGAGCUGACGCCGCAGAGGAAGCUAAGCGUCACGCAUGCGCCGAUACCUGCGCCAUCUGCCGACGAUAUGGAGCCUCAGAACAUUUCGUUCAUAGGAAAUUCGGAUGAACAGGCUCUUGAAGGUAUCGGCAGACUGAACAUAACCUCCGGCACAAGGACCUACCGUAUCCCCUCCCCGACCAGGCCUUCAAUCUCAAGGAACUCCUUCCAGCCAUCCUCCCCUCCUUGUAGAGAAAGCAAGGAGAUACCGAUCGCAGAAGUUAGCAGUCUCGAUAACGACCCAACUAGUCAAAAAGGUUUCUACAUAAGUUUCGAUAACGAGCAGCCCAAGCGACCCAAACCGCCCUUGAGGACGAAGAGGGGCUCGCCGAAGAAGGAGAGGAGCUUCGUGGAUUCGGACGAAAACAGCUUCAGCAGUAGGCGGCAGGAGAGGGAACAGCUGGACAGGCUGGAGAGGAAGCAGCAGCUGGAGAGGGAACUGCAGGAGGAGAAAGAGAGAAAGGAUAGGGAGGAGGAGGAGCAUAGGAGGCAGCAGCUUAUGAUGGAAAGGGAGAGGAUAAGAGAGAGAAACGAUUCUAGUCAGGAGAGGCGAAGGUUGCAAACAGCUUCGGCCAUAAUUAUAGGGAACGAAUUGCAGAAUCCUGAUCCGGAUUUGCAAGAUGAGAGGGAGAAAAAGAAAGAGAGGAUAAUGAUGUUGUCCCUUCAAAGGAGGCAGCAACAAGAAGAAGCUAAAGCGAAAAAAGAAGAGGAGGCAAGAGUGAAGAAAGAAAAGGAGAAAGCAAAGGAAGAAGAAAAAGCUAGAAGGAAAGAAGAAAUGGCUGCUAGACGAGCUGCAAUAUUCGAGCAAUACAAGUUGAAGAAAGCUCUAGAAGAAGCAGAAAGAGAGGGUAAAAGCAUCGACAAAUCGGAAUACAUGGCUGCAAUGAAACCUACUCCUAAAAUUAGGCCGAAAGCCUCUGUAAGGCCCAGACCCAAGACAAUUCACAUCGACAGUGGUUCAGUCGAGAUGGCAGAAGGUAUGUUACAGCCCAGCAGAGGAAAGAAAGGUUCUACAUCGAAUCUGACAGCUAAUUCUUUUUCACCGCACUCUACAAUGAAACGCGACUAUUAUAGAGGUUCUCAGGAUAGCUUGGCUGAUAGAAGUCUGAGCAGUGGUAUGCUGUACAGAGAUUCCCCUGACGAUAGCAGGGGAAUGUCGCCCUGUCAAAGUGCCAAUCAAACUUUGGGAAGGCGCAGCUCGUAUAAAAAUAGCAGAGUUGUAUCCUCGAGGACUUCAAUUCAAGACCCUUCGCCUGCACAGGCCCGAGGCCGAUCUAAGUUUUCCACUUAUCAAAACUUUAAAGGGCGCAAGUCUAGCUCUCUUAUGAAUCUAUAUGGUUCUAGCUCUGAUCAGGAUAGUUUUGCUUAUCGGUAUGGCGAGACUGACUCUGGUCUAGGUAGAGCAACACCGCCGAGAAGAGCGCCAUCUCCCGGUAUGGGCAGUUUGAGGCACCUACCUUCACCAUCAGGACCUGGAUCACUGCCCGGUCUGAUGUCGAAAGGACGAAGGAUGUUUGACGACGGUUCUAGUGAUAUUAGCUCUACACCUAGCAGUAUGAUGGAUUAUAACGGUCCUCGUCUUUACAAACAGCCUGCCACUAAAUCUAACAGAGGACUUAUGUUGAAUGCCGUUGAAUAUUGUGUAUUUCCGGGUGUUGUGAAUAAAGAAGCAAAAAGACGAGUUUUAGAUGAAAUUGGUAAAUCGGAAAGUAAACACUUUUUAAUAUUAUUCCGGGAUGCCGGAUGUCAAUUCAGGGCGCUCUACUCCUACUGCCCAGAUAGAGAAGAAGUAGCUAAACUCUAUGGUACUGGACCUAAGCAUGUAAAUGAUAGAAUGUUCGACAAAUUUUUCAAGUACAACUCUGGAACCAAAUGUUUUUCCCAAAUACACACAAAACAUUUAACAGUAACAAUAGACGCUUUUACUAUUCAUAAUUCUCUGUGGCAAGGAAAGAAAGUUAAUCUUCCUAACAAAAAAGAUAUGGCCCUUGUUAUAUAAUUUCAUGUUUUUCCAGUUAUUGUUAUAUUUUUAUUCAUUCACAGCGCUUUUUACCGUCUGUCUUUUUCUUAAUUUACAUAUCUUUAUUUUCUUUUGAAAUCCAGCAAUAUAAAAAUUUUUUAAGCGGAUUAGGAAAAAUUGAUACUUAUCUUAAUCCACUAAUUGUUUUGUGCCAAUGAAAGAGCUUUUUCUCAAAACGCGAGUAUCUUUGCACGAUUUACGUCCAUAAAAACAAUAAAUUUUCUUAAUUGUGUCAUUCCAAAAUUUGUAUUUGUAAAAAUGUUUAUCAUUAGAUUAGGUGAACGCAGGGCUGUUUUGUGGAGAAAUGUUUGAUAGGAAACCAUGUAUGGUUGCUUACUUUUGACGGUUCCAUUUUAGGAAUUGUUUAGAAAAAAUAAUUCUAAUUGUUGGUAAUAUUAUUUCAAUUCAGCACUGAACCUUUAAAUAUCUCAUGCUAUGGUACGAUUGUUCAUAAAUCACCAUAUUCUAAGAGGUUCAACGAAAGUGUCUAUAAAUUAAUAUUUUCCUAGUAA